AUGAGUGCCGAGGAGAUGACUCCCGUCGAAAUUCCCACAAAUUUGACCGACGACUUAUUUCAACCCUUAAUCCAACAUAACACGUCACUCACAAAUCUUCCCCAAGACACUUUACGGAUGAUCACAAGUAACUUGGACUUCGACAGCUUUGUGAAGCUCUCCAGCACUUGUCGUGCGUUAAAUCAAUACACCAAUGAUCCCGUAGUAAUGCGUUCCGUCUGUGGUUUAAGUGGUUCGCAGUCCUGUACUGAGUGUGAAAACGUUAUCAGAAAGCGCAAACGAGAUAUCAAGAACGAGAAAGAGCGCCGCGCCGCAGAGAAGCUCCGACGGCGUGAAAUUUUCCAAACAGAGUUUUUCAUGUGUAACCGCAGAUGUUCUUCAAAUGUCUUCUUUGAGUUCAUCGCACUUGCUUUUCUCUUUGUCGCAAUGGUGAUGGGGCCAUUGAGUCUUGACCGGUCCAUAAGUGUCCCGUUGAGUAGUGUCGGGUGGGUCUUGUUAUUCCCGGCACUCUAUUACGGGUUCUUCCCCCACUUUUUGUGGUGUUGGGGGUGUUUCACGCAGACUGAAAAGGAUAUGAUUGACGAUAAUCGUGACAUGAAGAUAUACGGAGGCGCUUAUGACUACUUCAACCAACUCUUUUUAUGGUCCAAUCAGUCUGGAUUUCGACCUCUUAAGUGGUCGGUGUUAAUAAUCACAUACGUCCUGUUCAUGAUUUGGUGUUACGAUAUCUUUGAUUUUGGAUAUGUUUUGUUGCCCGUGACUUUGUAUUGCUUGUUGUACCCAUGUAUUGGUACCAUCGA